CCCACUUCCAUUUUAUACCAUCCACUCCCCCCAGCAAUCUCACACAUCCCCACACGAACGAUCAAACUCGGAUCCGUCCGCCAGCCAUGGCUCGGCUCGCCGCCCUCCUCCUCGCCUUCGCCGUCGCCGUCUCCGCCACCACGCUGGCCCACGGCCGCGACCUCCCGACCCAGAUCAAGCUGACCAAGGGCGGCGGCGCGGUGGGCGGCGACAGCCAGGAGUGCGUGUACACGGUGUACGUGCGGACGGGGUCGAUCUGGAAGGCCGGGACGGACGCCAACAUCACGCUGGAGCUCUACACGGCGGGCAACGCCGACGGCGUGGCCAUCUCGGACCUGCCGUCGUGGGGCGGGCUCAUGUGGGGGGGCCACUCCUACUUCGAGCGCGGCAACCUGGACAUCUUCAGCGGGCGCGGGCCGUGCAUGGCCACCGCGCCCUGCCGGAUGAGGGUCUCCUCCGACGGCACCGGCGCGCACCACGGCUGGUACUGCAACUACGUGGAGGUCACCGUCACCGGCCCACACCGCGGCUGCGCGCAGCAGCUCUUCACCGUCGAGCAGUGGCUCGCCACCGACGCCGCGCCCUACAAGCUCGAGGCCGUCGUCGACCGCUGCCCCGCCGAUGGCGCCGCCGCCUCGGAGUAAGACCGAGUACGCCGGCCUCACACUGUGUGGUGGUAGCAAUAAGCUGCGGGGCCGUGCGUGCCGGCCCCGUGAUCCGCGUGCGCCGCGCCGGAGAUGUACUACUAUAUGAGUUCGUGCUGCUGGUGGCGAAAUAAUCGGGGACCUGAUUUGUACUGUGUGCCAUUAGUGGGAGUUGUCAUUAGUUGCGGUGGCUGUUUUGUACGUUGAUGGUGUCAAUAUGGCAUCUUCAUUUGUGUGUAUCUUUGUCCAUGUUUUCAUGCGGUGAAUGUAGAUUCAGUUCCAAGCUCUA